CUUCUGUGCCUGUUCUGUUAUGUCUAACAUGUAGUAGAUGUCUUCUCUAUCCAAUGUUAUAGGCUGCAUAUAACUUCGAUCCAAGAUUCCAAGAGAGCGGAGGAGUUGACAUUGAAGAAUUAUGUUCAGGCACUAGAGCAGAAGUCCAAUCUGCAAAACAGGAAAGAGGAAACAGUAAUUGCAAAAGCUCCAUGUUUAUAUUCACAGAAAAAGGAGCUGGACAGCGUAUCACAGAAAAAGGUUCAGCACUAUAGCACAGCGUUUCAAGUCGUUUUCUUCAAUUCAAGCCGAUUUAGACGGUAAGCAUAUUAGGUUUCUUUCAUCAGACUCAGAGGCUGAAAGUGAUGAAAAUGCUGCUGCUACUGAGGUUGGUAACAAGGAUGAGAAGUCCCUAACCUGUAAUCAUGGGAUUUCAUCUCAAGAUAGACAAAGUUUUGGAAAAAGUGCAUCUGCAUAUGAAGAAAUGGCACGACUUGGAUUGGAAGUUGAACUAGACGAGCCUUUAUCUGCCAGUGACACAUCAAGGUGCAUCAUGAAUAACAAAUCAAUGGGUAAGAAAAGGAAAAGUAGAUUCCUGAUUAGUGGUUCCAACCCUCUAUCUUCCAAAAUUUCUAAAAGGUCCAAGCUGAAUUUGGAGGGUGUUGAAGACAACGUGUUUCAAGAGAAUGAUGCUAAAACUUAACUGAUAGACAAUAGUGGUUCCGAGGUCGAGCUUUCCGACCUUAUGCUUAAUGAUAAAAUGAUGGAUACAUUCAUAAACCACCUGGAAGGAUCCAUGUCGGGUGCAUUCCGUUACUGAGGUUUUUGAGAGGAUGAUAGAUUUCUACGACGAACCAGGUCGCAUAGGAAAGAAAUCAAAAAUGAAAUUUUUAUUGAGGCAAGAGAAGAAAUGAAUUCAAUGUUCUCAUCAUAACCAGGUGUAUCUACUGGUGAUAUUUUAAAGAAAAUUGAGUCAUAUUUUGAAAAUGACUCUGGUACUAGAGAAGGCCAUUCCACACCGCAGAAGCAACUAAAUUUGUUGAGAUCUGUUGUGAGAAGUGGUUAACACAACAAAUUUCUGUCAAGGAAUUUGAAUCUUUGGGUUAUGGUGACUUCAUAAAAUUCUUGGAAGAUAAUUCCUCCAGUCUACCUAAUGAAUUAUAUGAAAGUUUAUCUGGACACAUGAGUGGGAAUUCCCUUCUAGAGGUAUCCAUGCUUGGGAAGCAAUUGAUGAUGUUGCUAUCUCAAGCAGCAAGUAGCUUGUGGGGGAAUGAUGCAGUGACCUCAAAUGACAUCUCUUUGUUACCGAAGAGGCAAUUUCUUACAAUCGAUUUCCAAGUGGGUGGCAACAAUCCCUCAAAAGAUUUCUCUAAAUACUUAAUGGAACAAGAGAAAAGCCAAUUCUCCAGCUGUGUUUUGUUUUCCGCAGCUUUAUCGCGAUCUUGGCAUAAAGUGAAGACGAGAUUUUUACGAACUCAAGGAAACACUAAGUUGAAUACUGACUCAGGGCACAUCUCUGGGGCACGUGUAUCUGUUUCGGCCAAGGAUGCAGUUGAUUGCUUGAUCAGACCACCAAUGUUAUCAGAUCUACUAUUGUGGUCUCAUUGGGACCUUUUGUUUGCUCCUUCGCUUGGUCCUCUUGUGGAUUGGUUGGUAAGUGAAGCCAACACCAAAGAGUUGCCGUGUUUAGUGACAACAGACGGGAAGAUAAUCCAAAUAGAUCCCACGGUGACUGUAAAUGAUUUUUUGGUAGCUGCACUCCAAGGUUCUUCCUUCCAAACAGCUGUCAAAUUGCUGUCUUUGCUUUCUUUGUCUGGAGGGGAAAAGCAAGUUCCCUUGUCCCUUCUUAAGUGCCACGUGCACCAAGCAAUUCAAGUCAUCCUAAAAAAUUCAGUGGACUCUCUGGAAACUGGAAAUGAUUGGGAUGUUGAAUUAGGUGGCCAAGAUAAAGGGAUUCCUGUGGCAUCAAGGUUCAUUUUGGAGUGCCUUGGUUACCUUCCGUCAGAAUUUUGGAGUUUUGCUGCUGAGUUAUUUCUUUCAGGGUUCACAAGGGAAGGCCCUGCAGCGAUAUUACUCCAGUGCACCCUACUCGGUCAACGAAUGAUGCUUCAUGAACUUGGGUUUUCUCUUGACAUUGAGGAAUGGAUUGAAGAUUAUCAUGUGUUUAUAUCUAGUGCUGCUGAUGGUUUUCCCUUUCACUUAGGAUCUCAAACAUAGAAGUGUCGAACGCUGGAUCUAGCAUUGCUGCUGAUGUACCAAAUGGAUCAGCGUAUCGACCUAAUUCUGAUGGAAAAGUAGCAGUCAUUGUUGAGACAGAUGGAUCUACUAAAUUUGUAGUGAAUGCGGUACUAGGGUGGAUCUCAACGAAGUGCCCAGCAAAGAGAUCAAUGAUAGCUGUGCAAGAGUUCCAUCAAAACAUGAAGGAGACGAAGAGGCCACACUUGUUGUUGAAUCUAUUAGGCGUAAUUUAUUUGAUCUAGUUCCAACUCAUGCUAUGUUAGGGAGAGCUCUCCACUGUAUUUCGCAAAAACUAUAUUCACGGGAUUCACAUUUUCUUCUGGAGCUGGUGAUUUCAUUUUCGUAUGCUUUAAUCAAAUUGGUUUCUUAUCCACUUAUACCUUGCUAUUUGUAUUUGAAAGUUGGUAUCUUGUAUCUGGAGAAUUGUCUAUGAUGAAUCACAUACUAUUAUGGCAAGAUGACAAAGAGUGAAUAUCU